AAAUGGUUUUACGACUUUGGAUUCAAUUGUGGCCGUUGAAACAAAACCCGAUUUAAUUGCUUUGAAUGAACAACUUAUGCUUGCCGAUGAGAAUAAUUUGGUUGAGAAUUUCGAAUACAAACUUGACUCAAUUGAUGCAUCUGAAGCCAUAUCUGAGUCGACAACAAACAACAAAAACGAAUCCAAUGAAUGCAAUAUAUGCGGCAAAGUGCUUUCAUCCAAAGUCGUCUUGAAAAGACACGUAUUAAUCUCACACAGUGUCCCUGGUCAUUUUCCGUGUGAAAUAUGUCCGAAUUUGGUUUUAACGCGAAAGGAGUCAUUGAGAAAGCAUAUGAAAAUGGAACAUGAUCCAAACAGUGUCAAAUUCAAGUGUAAAUAUUGCUAUAAUGUGUAUUUGAAGAAAUCAUCUCUAGAAAAUCAUUAUCCCAAAUGUAAGAAACGAGCCGAAAAAUUGGGAAGAAAAGAUUUUGGCACCACCGUUGAAACCAUAGACACUAUUCAAAUUAAGGAGGAACACAUCGAUGAUGAUUAUGAGAAUACAAUUUGCACGGAAACUGAGGAAAUAGGACCAGCACAACAAAAUGAAUCCAAUUCGAAUGAAAAUAGUGAUCAAGUGAAGGAGAGGCAACCACAUGACGACAAGAAAUGUGACAUAUGCCUCAAAACAUUUUAUGAUAGAAACACAGUUCGACGGCACAAAGUGCUCGUGCAUGGUGAAACAUCCGGGACGCAAGAGUGUUCAAAAUGCAAGAUGAAAUACUUCAGUGCAAAAGGUUUGGCCAAUCACGAGCUAAAAUGUACAAAGGAUGUUGCCGAAAGUCUCGAAUGUAUUUGCUACGAAGUCAAGUCUUACAAGACAUAUGAACCAUACACAUUCAGAAGUUGAAAAAUUUCGUUGUACAACCUGUGGAAGCGUUACAAUCAACAAAGUCACAUUUGAAAAUCAUAAAUGUAGAAAAGACAGAAUGAAACCAACUGCAAGUUCGAUGAAUCGCCAGAACACCAUCGGU